GAGUCGAUAAACAAAAACCAAAACGCUUACCCCAGUCACUGUCACGGUGAUACCGGGAGAGAUUCAUUUACUGAGAGGAAGCCUAAUCUCUGAGCCUUUAACCAUUUAUAUCCCAACCCCACUUUAGGCCUCAACACUGGUGUCCUAGUGAUCUCUCGCAGCCAAAUAACACACUGUGCCCUAUUAAUAUCUCAGCACGGAUCUCGGCCUCUGCGAUCCCUGUGUAUCCCUGUCUCUCUCUCACCCCUGCCUCCUCCUCCCUGGUGCUGGAAAAUGGCGGCCUCGGUCUGUGUCAACAUCCAGAUGCUUCUGGAGGCGGCGGAGUAUCUGGAGCGGAGGGAGAGAGAAGCAGAGCAUGGUUAUGCAUCCAUGAUGCCUUACAAUAACAAGGAGAGGGAGAACUUGAAGAGAAAAAGUAAAUCAAAGAAAAGCAAUGGUAGCAGGUCAACCCAUAAUGAAAUGGAGAAGAACAGGCGAGCUCACUUGAGAUUAUGUCUAGAAAAGUUAAAAGGUUUGGUACCUCUUGGUCCUGAAUCCAAUAGACAUACUACCUUAAGCCUUUUAACCAGAGCGAAGUUGCACAUAAAAAAACUUGAAGAUUGUGACAAAAGGUCACAACACCAAAUAGAACAGUUGCAGCGAGAGCAGCGACAUCUAAAAAGGCAGCUAGAGAAAUUUGGAAUAGAAAGGAUACGUAUGGACAGUAUAGGUUCUGCUGUAUCUUCUGAAAGAUCGGAUUCCGACAGAGAAGAAAUUGAUGUAGAUGUGGAAAGCACAGACUAUUUAACUGCAGAUCUGGACUGGAGCAGCAGCAGUAGCAGUGUGAGUGAUUUGGACGAGAGAGGAAGUAUGCAAAGUAUUUGCAGUGAUGAAGGCUAUUCCAGCCCUGGUAUUAAAAGGAUAGAACUUCAGGACAACCUCAAAACCAGCAUCACUCUAUAAAUCCCCAGUAAGAAAAGAUGAGGGGGAGGUUUCAAAGAUCCCAGCAACUCUUCACUCCCCCAACUCCACUCCCACAUGAUAUGCCCUUGUCGCACCGUAAUCUUGCACGUGAACUUGCCUACUCUUCAACCUUCUCACAGUUCUCUCUUCCCCACCCUUUCCCAAAGCUCCUAAGUAUGAGGUGGGGGAUUUGGUUUACAUUCUAGUUUAGUUGUGCUCCUAACAGCCACUGCUUCUCCAGGAGACUACAUUCCAGAAACAUGAAGCACUCAAUAUAUAUCUAUAUGUGUAUACCGGGAGCAACAGUCUAGUACUGGUAAUGUUUGUUUCUGGCUGCCAGCGAAGUUGGUAACUAUAUACUUCUCCCCAGCUGGUCAUCUCCUCUUCUACUCAACUAGAACUGGCCAGAUAGGCUGUGUUCUGUUUGCAGCAACAACAAAACUUUUUGGCAUUACUACUUGAAAUUCACGUCUGGAAAUGGUAUGAAGGAAUAUAUUGAGUCUUGCUUUACAGCAAGGCCUCCGUUUACAACUAAUGUAAAAUUCACUAUGAUGCCACUAGGAAGGUAUGGAUAGGACACAUU